CUGGGUGAAAAUUGAAGACUUGAAGUGCUACGCAGUCAACGUGAGACCCUUAAAGAUCCGUGCGGUGCCCCCGCUCCCUAUUAACAAAUAACUGUCAACAACGCGUUAUUCCUGAAAACCGUUCAACGCGUUCAGCGGUAUUUUCGGAAAAGAUGUUCGGGUGAUUUCUGAGUGUGAUUUGAUCACGUUUUUGUUCAGUUUUUCUUGUUUUUGCAUCGGAGUUUGCCGAGAGCCCCACUACAGGCAAGUCUGUUGAUCCGGAUGAACGAACUGUUCAAAAAGUAAAAACUCUCAACAGAUUUUGCUCGCGGACAACUUAUUUGGAGCUGAGGAGACAGCAGAAGCUAUGGCUUACUCUCUCUCGCUCAGUCUGCUCUACCUGGGCUUGCUGUGUGGAAACGGACUGGUGUCCGCAAGAGGAUCCGAGCUGUUCACUGCAGAUCCAAGCAGAGGACCUCAUUUUAUGGGCUGCCGCUCCAGAGAGCAGGAGACCUUCCGUUGUUGGUGGAGCGCUGGGACCUUCCAGAACCUCACCGAGCCUGGAGCCCUCAGGGUCUUCUACAAGACAAAAAAAGCUCUUUCUGAGUGGCAGGAGUGUCCAGACUACACACGUACUGUGGAAAACGAGUGUUACUUCAACAAGACCUACACACAGAUUUGGACCUCCUACUGCGUCCAGCUGCGCUCGGUUCCUCAGAACAUAACCUAUGAUGAGGCCUGCUUUACAGUGGAGAACAUAGUGCAUCCUGACCCACCAGUUGGGCUGAACUGGACUCUACUGAACGUGAGUCGCUCAGGGUUGCACUUUGACGUCCUUGUGCGCUGGGCUCCCCCUCCAUCAGCAGAUGUGCAGAUGGGCUGGAUGAGCCUGGUGUACCAGGUUCAUUACCGGGUCAGGAAUGCCUCCCACUGGGAGAUGCUGGAUCUGGAGAGUGGCACACAGCAGUCAAUCUACGGUUUGCAUACUGACAAAGAGUACGAAGUCCGGGUGCGCUGCAAGAUGCUAGCCUUUGACAACUUUGGCGAAUUCAGUAACAGCAUCAUUGUGCAUGUGGCACAGAUACCAAGCAAAGAAUCAAUGUUCCCGACGACGUUGGUGUUAAUUUUUGGAGUGAUCGGAGUGGUGAUUCUUCUUGUCCUCCUCAUCUUCUCUCAGCAGCAGAGAUUGAUGGUAAUAUUUUUACCACCUAUUCCUGCACCUAAAAUUAAAGGUAUCGACCCAGAGCUGCUGAAGAAUGGAAAGCUUGACCAGCUCCAUUCUUUGUUGAGCAGUCAGGAUAUGUACAAGCCGGACUUCUACCAUGAGGAUCCAUGGGUGGAGUUCAUCCAGCUGGACCUUGAUGACCCUGCAGAGAAGAAUGAGAGUUCUGAUACACAACAUCUGCUGGGCUUGUCCCGCUCAGACUCUUCUCACUUCCUUAAUUUCAAAAGUGACAACGAGUCAGGUCGUGCUAGCAGCUGUGACCCAGAAAUCCCUAAACCCGUGGACUUGCCUGGCCAUUCUGGACGAGGAGAUAACCACCCUUUGGUUUCCAGAAGCAGCUCAUCCAUCCCUGAUCUUGGCAUCCAGCAGACAUCAGAAGUUGAGGAAACGCCCAUUCAAACACAACCCACUGUGCCCAGCUGGGUUAACAUGGACUUUUAUGCCCAAGUAAGUGAUUUCACACCAGCAGGAGGAGUGGUGCUUUCACCUGGACAACUGAACAGCUCUCCGGUGAAAAAGAAGGAAGAAGAGAAUGAGAAGAAGAUACAAUUCCAGUUGGUUUCCAAUGGAGCCUACACCUCAGAGAACACAUCCAGGCUGCUUUCUGCCGAUAUGCCACCCAGCCCUGGUCCUGAGCAGGGGUACCAAGCAUUCUCAACCCAAGCUGUUGAGGGGAACCUCUGGAAUGGUGAGUACCUGGUGUCCGCCAAUGAUUCCCAGAUGCCGUGCCUGGUUCCUGAAGCUCCUCCGGCCCCCAUACUGCCACCAGUAUCAGACUAUACUGUAGUGCAGGAAGUAAACGCCCAGCACAGCGUCCUCCUGAAUCCUCCUUCCUCACAGCCCGUGAUAUGCCCUCACAGCCCAAACAAACAUCUCUCCGCAAUGCCAACCAUGCCCAUGGGGUACCUCACCCCAGAACUCCUGGGAAACCUGAACCCAUGAAGGAACUAAAAAGCACAAAAUUCAUGGUCUUGUUGUACCUUUUCACUGCUGGAAACCAAAGUUGCAUGAAUGGCGUGACAGUUGAUGGAAAUUCCAUUUUGAUUGGGAAUUCUGCACAUGAAUUUUCUGUAAUAUAUGCAACAAAAUGGAACAAGCUUAAAACAUUUAUUUUCUGUCAGCUGUUGCAGCAGUGAUAUGGUAGCUCACCGGGAAAUUUUAAAUGUGCUUUCAAUUUACAAUCAGAAACAGCUGGUUACAUGCAAAAAAAAAAAAAUCUAUAAAAAUCACUACAGAUAUACGCUCGCUUGCUGUGUCUGAGAACCGUUUUGAAAAUGUGUUUAUCUUAUUACAAAGUUACAGAUCUAGAGCAACUGUGGCAUUGGGAUGAAGAGUUGACUAAAUUAAUUCAAACAUAUCUUUAUAAAAAAUUGUUUACACAGGUGAAAGAUGAAUCACUUUACUCUGAUUACAUCAACCCAGAUUUGCUCAUAUAUGGUAUAUUAAAUAUAUUCCAUUGCUUCAUAUCAAGGUUCCUGAAUUAUUUCGUUUUGUGGACGAGUCAGUAUAUUUUCUCAAGUCUCCACACAGCCUUGAUCUUAAGGGAACCUGCUUCCCCAGAUUUAUGGGAGCCAUUUUGAGCGCUGCAUCCUUUCUGCACACUUUAUCUUCUGCCACAUCCAGAUGGAUAAACUCAGCAAAUUUACUUUUUUAAUAUGCUAAAUAUGAUUGUGGUGCAAAUGUGUAUUUUAGCAUCACUAUAUAUGACUGUAAUAUUUGCCAUCAUUACUAGAAAAGGUUAAGACGAGUUUUUGUAAUGAUAAUAGCCCACUGAACAAGGUGUUACCUUGUUCAAAAAGUGAAAAAAAUACAUUUUUAUUUGUAUGUGUUCAGGGGAAAUGUCAAAAACAAAGUGCUUAUAGAGUCUUUGCUGUGCAAUGCAGACUGUAUGGCAAGUUUUCUUAUAUGUUAUCUUUGUACAUGUAGCAGUUUUAUAUUGAUGAAGACACUAUAAAUGUAUACAUGCAUUUACAAUGAGAGUUACACUACAGAAUAGCUGGGAAAGAUGUGCCAAUUUUUGGACUUGUUUAAUUAGAAAAAGACUUGCAAUUAAGUAAGGCUACAAUUCUUGCCUGGACAAUGAAUUAAGUGAUGUCCUCUAGAAACAGCAAAUUAUUGUGCACCAUGGCCUCUACACAGGGACAAAAGCUGCUUUUAAGUAGAGCUAUUUUAUGAAAUCAUGCAUUAUAAUAACUGGAGAAUUAAAAACUAUCUUUUUUAUUUACAACCAUAGAGUGUUAAGAUUUGUCAAGCCACAUAUUGGAAACCCAUUUGGUGAAAUUCUCACAGAUGUAAUUCUAUGUUCUUGAUAAGUUUGUACAGAAAAAGUACUGCUUGUUAAGUUUUA